UCUACCCAGAUUGAAUCACACGGUUAGUUACAGUGCUGUGAUUCAAUGAUGAUGUUAUCAUCUAACACAUGAUAAAGUUAUACACACACCCACGCACACAUAUCUCCAAGUGUUGAAUUCUUGAUUGUAAUUGGUCAAACAUUGUUGAUUGAUUUUCUAUAACAGCAGCUCUGACAUUAUUUUCUGCUGUCGUGUAAAUCACAGGGUUAUAUUAAUGCACUAGUUCUAAUGCAUUUGUGUUAUGGUGUAUAUGAGAAAGAAGCUAAAAGUGAGCUAAAAGCAUUUAAGUAUGAAGAUUGGGCCACAUUUUCUAUGAUGAACAGAGAUUGACUCAUGAUUUCCUUUUAUUUCACAACGGUCAUUACAUCACUGUUCACUUCCACAAAGAAAACUUUACAAAAAAAGACCCAAAGUAGGUAAGAGAAAGCUGUCUCUACUUUCAGGUUAUUGUAAAUAUAAAUGUCAUCAUGAUGCCAUGUACGAUUUCACAGAAAUUAUUAUAUAAAGACAAGAACACCUGUACAUAUUGAUAUAAAUUGUGUUUCUAGUGUUCGCUGUGUUCUUCAGGGCUCUAAGUGGUACUAUGGACGUUGGAUCCAGAAAGCUGCUGCUGCUGAUCCUGUUGUUGAAUAUUACAGUUUCAGUAUCAGGUAUCCAGCACGUGAAGGUGUCAUGCCAUCCUGAGAAGAUCUGUGCUCUGAGGGAGUCAUCUGUGAACCUGACCUGCUCUUACUCAAAUAUCACCAUCAUCACUGGCUUCUGGUUCAGCCUAAAGGACAAAGCUAAAUGGAGGAAGGAGGAACAUCCAGAGGAUUUAGCUUUAGACUCAGACUACGCAGGACGUGUGAGCUACACAGAGAUGACAAACUUCAGCUCGACUCUUACAAUAACAGACCUGAGAGAGAGAGACUCAGGGGAAUAUCGCCUCGUGUUCAUUAUGGAUAAAGGAUUGAAAUAUCUGAACUCAGCUGAAGUUACUCUAACAGUUAAAGGUGCUGGCAGGAGCUGUUGGAGUGUGACCUACAGAGACAAAAGAGUCUGUGCUUUGGAAGGGUCUUCAGUGGAGUUUGCUGGAAGUUACUCACAUCCCAGUGAUCUGAGUGUUAGAGAAGUAUUCUGGUUUUAUUUUCAGCGUGGUAAAGACUUCCAGGACCUGAAGCAGGAAACACAGUUUACUAAUCGAGUUGAAUAUGUGAAACAAGACAAAAGCAGCACUUUGAGAAUGAAAAACCUGACAAAGAAAGACUCUGGAGAAUAUCAACUUAGAUUCCUUACUAAUGAUGGUAAAGGAUUCUCUGGUAAACCUGGAGUGAUUCUGAGUGUUACAGAUCUGCAGGUAAGAGCGAGUCCCUCUGCAGUGGCAUCAGAAGGACAGACUACAGUAACGCUGAGCUGCAUCACCUCCUGCACUCUGUCUAACAACCCCACUUACAUGUGGUACAAGAACGGACAGCCUGUUACUGACAAACUCACCAAACACAACAAGCUCUACCUGAUCUCCAGUGAAGAUGCAGGAACCUACUCCUGUGCUGUGAGAGGACGUGAGGAUCUCCACUCGCCUGAACUAACUGUGACAUGUGAGCCACAAAACCCAGUCAUUAUAUUAAUGUAUCGGGUUGUGAUAGCUCAGGUUCAAUCCUCAGCACUGACAGAGAGCAGCUUUUAG